AUGGUGGUCGAAGUUCUGCCACCCACGCUUCCCUGGCAGGAUCUCGUCGCAGACAAGCGCGCUCGACAGGCAGCGGCAAUCCCUAAGGAUUGGAUCAUCACUCCAACAGCAGGGGAUGUCCGCGAUGUGACUAGCGUUCCCGCCACGUGUGGUUUGCUCACGGACAAGGAACUGGCAAUCACAGAGAAUACCGACAUCGAGUCGCUGCUGGCUCAACUCGCAAGCGGCGAGCUGAGCAGCGUCGAGGUUGUGACCGCAUAUUACAAGCGCGCGAUUGUGGCGCAGCAGGUGGUGAACUGCCUAACGGAGAUCUUCGUCGAUCGCGCGCUGGAGCGUGCAGCGUGGCUUGACGAGCAGCUCAAAGUGAACGGGAAGCCGGUAGGACCGUUGCACGGUCUCCCCAUCUCUCUCAAAGACCAGGUAGCUAUCAAGGGUCUAGAGACUACCAUCGGAUACGUAUCGUGGAUUGGGAAGUACUCUGAACGCGAUGCAACUCUGACCGAGAUCCUGUAUGAUCUGGGUGCCAAUCCAUUCGUACGCACAAACCUGCCGCAGACAAUCAUGUGGCCGGAAACCUAUAACCUCGUCUUCGGGCGCACGUUGAAUCCUCAUAACCGGCUAUUGACGUCGGGCGGUUCAAGUGGCGGCGAAGGCGCCCUACUAGGCAUGCGCGGCAGCCCACUCGGUGUCGGUACGGACCUGGGUGGGUCUGUGCGUAUCCCGGCCGCCUUCUGCGGACUGUACGGCCUCCGACCAUCUGGUAAUCGCUUGCCAUACGAAGGCUCGAUCAACACUUGCGAAGGUCAAGAUAGUAUGCCGUCUGUGAUAGGCCCUCUUGCACCGAGUAUUGCCGUUAUCAAGGUCUUCAUGAAGGCUAUCAUCAGCGCAGAGCCAUGGUUGAAGGAUCCCCUCGCCAUCCGCAAGCCGUGGGAUGAAGAGGAGUACCAAUUGAAGAGCCAUGGGCGCGGAGGGAAGAUGGUAUUCGGUAUGAUCUGGGACAAUGGUAUCGUCGUGCCGCAUCCACCUGUACGGCGGGCCAUGAUGAUGGCGAAGGAAGUGCUGGAAGCGGCAGGGCACGAAGUCGUCGAUUGGGUUGCCUACAAGCACACCGAGUUCAAUGAGAUCAUGACUGCGGUCACCACCGCCGCAGGCCAAGAAGACUUCAAGCCUGUCAUCACACUCACCGGCGAACCUCUCAUCGACAGCAUGAGCAUCGAAGGAAUUGCCAACCCAUACGCGCUCGUCACCCGGACAGGAGUCCUGACGGCUUACGAAUUGUGGCAGGUACAUAGACGCCGGCAGAUACUUCGCAAGGAGUAUCUGGAUCGAUGGCAAGCGACGGCCAAGACGACCAGCACGGGUCGACCAAUUGACGCGCUUAUUUCGCCUGUUGCGCCGUGGGCCGCGCCGCCUCACGGGAGGAAUACCAACGCAAGCUAUACGCGUGUAUUCAACGCGCUGGACUAUGUCUCGUGCGUAUUCCCGGUGACAAAGGUAGACCCAGAACUCGACGCAAAGCUACCGCCGCACGAGUUCCUCUCCGAGCAAGACGAGAGCGCCUACAACCUCUAUGAUCCCAAUACCUUUGAGAAUGCGCCGGUAUGCUUGCAGUUGGUCGGGCGCACGCUCGAGGAAGAGGCGGUAAUCCGGAUGACGGAGAUCGUGGAUGGACUGCUCAAGCAGAAGCCGGAGUAG